GAGCAUGCAGUAUCUACGAGACGGUAAAAGACAUCUACUGCUCAACCAUGAAGGGUCUCUUUGGCGUUGCAAUUCUGGCUGCGGUUGUUCUGGUGGCGUCCGCUACACCUAUAUGCGAACAAAGCGACCAAGAACUCAAGGAUGAGCUGCAAUGUAUGCGAGGAGAAGCCUCAGAAGACUUCAACGCGAAGUUCGACAGUGUCAACAAACACCUCCAGUGCGACAGUGAUUUCUGCACCAUCCGUAAGCUGUGUGCUGAACCUGACUUCAUGACAGCUCUGGAGCAGCUCUUCACUGAGGAUGAAUUGAUAGAAUUCAUCUAUCUUGCAAAUGUAUGCAGCGAUGACGACCGCCACAACCGCCACCCACCACCCCACCACCACUGAGUCCAAGGUUUGAGAAGAUACCCGGAAGGGAAGUCACGUCAUCCUUCGAAGAAUAACAAGUAUCCGAACACUUGUGUGUAUGCUUGUCAUUGAAUAUGAUUUAUUAAUAAAGUUGCAUAAAUGAAACAAGA